CUUCUUUCUUUCUCCCGCGUCCUCCUCGCCGAGCCUCUGCCGUGCCACGCUCCCGGCACGGAGUGCUAAAGCCCGGUUUUUCCACAGAUGAAGUUAUUCGCAAACGGCUUCUCAUUGAUGGCGACGGAGCCGGGGACGACAGGAGGAUCAAUCUGCUGGUGAAGAGUUUCAUCAAGUGGUGCAACUCUGGAUCUCAGGAGGAAGGUUACAGUCAGUACCAACGAAUGCUGAGUACUUUAUCACAGUGUGAAUUUUCAAUGGGAAAAACUCUUCUGGUAUAUGACAUGAACCUGAGAGAGAUGGAAAAUUAUGAAAAAAUCUACAAGGAUAUAGAAAAUAGUAUAGCCGCAGCACACGAGAAGAUUUCUGAAUGCAAGAAACAAAUCCUGCAAGCAAAAAGAAUUAGAAAAAAUCGCCAGGAGUAUGAUGCAUUGGCCAAAGUCAUACAGCACCAUCCAGACAGACACGAAACACUGAAGCAGCUAGAAGCUUUGGGAAAAGAACUUCAACACCUUUCUCACAUUAAAGAAAAUGUUGAAGAUAAGUUGGAGCUGAGAAGAAAGCAGUUUCAUGUUCUCCUGAGCACCAUCCAUGAGCUUCAGCAAACUCUAGAAAAUGAUGAAAAACUUUCAGAAGCUGAAGAAUCUCAAGAAACUCCGAUGGAAGCAGAGACCAAACAGUAAAUAUUGUGAAGACUACUGAUGGUACUCUUGAAGAAUACACAUACGUCUUCACUUUGUUUUCGUGCCAAUAGAAGAAGAACAGGAGCUGAAAACUUUCUAUUGCUUCUAUGAAUUUUAAUACACAAGUACUUGUUUUGCUUUUGUUCCAGGUACAAACAAUUUCAGAUCUAUACAUAUGGACCCUUUGUAUUAAUCCAUAAACUUUGACAAGAAAUAUGUUUUGGCUUACAAAAUGUGAAUCUUCUGUUCAUUAAUUGUGAACUAAGGUGUUUGCAAAUCACUGUCAAUAAAAAGUGUUUACAAACAG